AAGAAGUUAAGAUGGAAAAUCAAAAUGCCAUUAUACGGUAUAAUUUUGAUAAGCAGAAGGACCCGAAGACCGGGAUGUGGUACGUAAUUUGCAAAUGGUGCGGAAAAAAAAGUAUCAUGGAGGCUUCAGACGGAUUCGGGAUGACAAUCAAGCAUAUGAAGUCAUGUGACAAAGCCAAAGGACCGGGAGGUAUCCCCGUCUCUAUGGUGAAUGUAAAGGGCCUUGCUCGUUUGAAGAAACAGGACCCGAAGGGGUCGGGACAGGGCAUCCAGAAGCCCGCCACUGCCCUCUUUAAGAAAGCCGAGGGCGAUGCCGCUGCCGGCAAGAGGAAGGCAGUGACCAAGGGGUCCCCCCCGGCUACCAAAAAGCCGAAGAAGGGGGAUGUCGCCGAGAAGGAGCCCCCGGUCAUUAUCGCUGAUGAGCACCCCGCCUCCGGGGUGCAGGUGGAGAAGCUGCCGGGUGGAACUGUCGACCCGGGGGCCAUCCUGAGGGGUAUGACCCCUGAGACGGAUAGGGCUGCCCUCGGGGCCUAUAAUGAUGCGGCCCUCGAGGACCACAUUCUCCGCUCCUCCCUCUCUGCUUGCUUAGCCCUCGGCGAACAGGCUCGGAGGCUUCAAGAAUGGCGCCUCCACAAAGCGGAGCAAGACGCCAGAAUGAGGGAGUGCCUCCUCAAGAACCAAGAGGCGGUGAAGCUGGGGGCCCAGCUAGAAGAGGAGCUCCGGCAGAUGAGCUUGAAAUUGGAGGCUGCAGAGAAAGGCAAGGCUGAUGCUGAGGCCGCUGCUAAAGAGGCCGAGGACUCCAAAGCGCUAGCCGUCGCCAAGGCUCAGGAGGAGGCCGUUGAGGCCUUUGUCGCCGAGGGUUGGAGAGCCGAGGGGCGCAAGAUGUGGGUGUCCUCGGUCGUGGAGGCAUGCGUUGAAGAAUGGGCCGAGGGCCCUGGGUGGGAAUGGAUGGCCCGGAAGGACAGAGAGUACUAUGAACCCGGCGAAUUCUUCACCCAGGCCCUCAUCUACCGGAGGAUGGCCCGGCAUUUGGGCAUUGAGCAAAAGGACUUCUCCCCCUCGGCGUAUGGCCUUCCUCCCCUGCAGCCUGAUGUCCGUGAGUCGCUCCCGGAAGGUGUUCAGAGGCCCGACCUUGAGGACACGGAGUUGAAGAAUGAGGCCGAGGACGACGCUGUCGAGACCGGAGCGGAGGCAUCAUCGAGGCCGGCUGCAGAGGGCGCCCCAGUGAAUGAUGCUGUUGUAGUCGUAGAAUGACUUUGUACUUAGAAAUCUUUGAACAUGUUUUGUAAUGAAUAACAUUGAUCCUUCGGCUUCGGCCCGUUUGUAAAU